GAUGGAUACCGGAAAAAUGGACAGGAUGGAGGGACCAUCUGGGCCCUGAGGAAUGCCGCAUUUAUGCAAGAAAAACAGCAGCUGGCAGAGGAAGCAGAGAUGGGACAGACAGAGAGAUAGCAGGGAAUCAGGAGGGUGUGUUACAAUUCACUUCCCGGAUGGUGCCCAACCAGCCACGUGCAAAGUGCUUGUUAGAACUCCCAAGACACUGUAGGAAAAUGCUGUAAUUACCCCAUUUUACAGAUAAGGAAUCUCAGGAUCACACGUUGGAGGAGCUCAGAGGCUGAGGGGAGAAAAUUAAUGCCCAUUUCACAGAAGAGGAAAUUGAGGCUGUCAUUUGCUCAGGACAACAAAGGCAAGAGCCCAGCUUAGGCUGUAGCUUUUGGGGGUGAGGAAGGAGGAGGAUUCAGAGGACACUGAUUUCUGGACAGCAAUGAGUGUCCGGGCCACACGUCCCAGAAGCCGACGAGGGAGGCACGCUCCGCCCGGUGAGCUGGACCCUGUGGCAGAAAGUUCAGAGGAGGCUGAGGCAGCCAGCGGGAGUUCUGAGCUGGGCCCUGUGCCAUCUCAGGAGAGCUGCAGGCCGGAGCUGCUGGGCCCUGAGGUGGAGGCCAGUGGGCAGGGUGUGGGGAGCAGGACAGACAAAGAGGCUGAUGGGGACUUUAGCAGGAGCUUGGCUCCAGCCCCCGAGGGACCCCAUGAACCUGCAGAGGAAGCCCACCAGGCACCAGAGGCAGCCCCCCGGGAGGAGGAGCCUGGCCCCACCGGGCCCGGAGCCCCUGAUGUGUUUCACGCUCUCCAGAAUGCGCUGAGCGCGCUGGAGGCCGCCGCCGCAGCCUGGCGCCACCGGCCCCCAGGCCGCCCUGGGCCAACAGAGGAGGAGGGCAGAAGCGAGGAGGGACAGGUGCCCUGCUGGGAGCAGGAGGGGGCAGGCUGCCGGCGGGAGGCUGCCCGCCUGUCAGAGAGGAAUGCCUGGCUGCGCUUGGCCCUGGGCAGCCGCGAGGACGAGCUGAUCCGCACACAGGCUUCCCUGAAGGCCAUCCAGGCUGAGAAGGCGAUGCUGCAGAGAGAGGUCCAGGAGCUACAGGAUUCCCUGGUGAGCCUGGAGCCCUUCCCACCUCCCUCCCGUGGCCGAGCAGGUGGCUUGGGCAGUGGUUCCAGCAGCUCUGGGGCAGAUGAGGAGCCCUGGGGGACUCAUCAGGACCCUUUCUCCCUGGCUCACCCCCUGCUCCGGCGCCUCCGGAGUGAUUCCAGCACCCAGAUGCUUGGGCCUCUCCCCACCCAGCCCGUCGCCCCCGAGAUGCACAUCAUGGAAGCCCAGAUGGAGCAACUCCGGGGGAGCAUCGAGAAGCUGAAAGGCUUCAACCGCCUGCUGUCGGCUGUGCUGCAGGAGUGCAAGGGCCGCUGUGAGGGCCUCAGCAUGCAGCUGGGCCAGCGGGAGGCCGAGGCCACCGCGCUGCGUCUGGCCUUGCAAUACAGUGAACUCUGUGAGGACGGGUAUGGCGCCCUGCUCACUCUUUGGGAAGCGGGCUCAGGAGCAGAAGCCUGCAUGGGUGACCUGGAGGCAGCUGAGAAGGAAGCUCAGAGGCUGCUGGCACAAGAGGAGGCUGCCAUGGAUGGUGGGACACUGAGGGAGCCACAACCAAGCCCCGAGGGUAGCAGUGUGGAUAGGCCUACACCAGAGGAGGUGGCCACCCAGCUCCGGGGCUAUGUCCAGCGUCUCCAGGAGCGCCGUGCUCUAGUGAAGAUUCCCCCAGAGCCUGGCCCCACCUUGGCACCCACGCCCGCCGUGCCUCAUGCAGAAGCCAUGGUGCAGGCCAUUCUGGGGACCCAGCCUGGCCCAGCCCUGCCCCGGCUGGAGAAGAUGCAGAUCCAGCAGGACCUGGCAGCCACGCGGGAGACCCUGGCGGACCUAAUGCUGCGGCUCCAGCUGGUGCGGCGGGAGAAGCGGGGUCUGGAGCUGCGGGAGGCUGCCCUCCGCGCCCAGGGCCCGGCCCACGUGCUCCUGCUGGAGCAGCUGCAGUGGGAGCGGGCACAGCUCCAGAUGGGGGGCGCCGACAGCAGUGGUGGCAACAGCAGUGGAGGCCAGAGCAGCGGAGACGAGGAGGAGCGGGCCCAGGGCAUUCCUGCUGUCCCUGGUGGCAGCAGGGGCAUUGAUGGUGGCCAGGUGGGCAAAGUGCAGGACUCAGAGGAGCUGGCCCAGGAACUGGCAGCGUCACUCGCCCGGGCCCUGGGCCUGCGGGAGCAGCUGCAGUCUCUGUGGGAGGAACUGGAACAGAUGGCUCAGAAGGGGCGAGCCAGACGUGCUCAGAGUGCUGAGCUGAACAGUGAUUUAUGCAAGGCUCACAGCGCCCUGGUCCUGGCCUUCCGUGGCGCCCACCGGAAGCAGGAGGGGCAACGACGGAAGCUGGAGCAGCAGAUGGCACUAAUGGAGGCCCGACAGGCAGAGGAGCUGGCCCUGCUGGAGGCCACAGUGAGGGCCCUGGGGAGGCCCCGGCCGCCCUGCCCACCCCCCGGGCCAGGAGAAACCUUUCUGUAGGCCUUGCCCCUGCUGCAUCUGGACCGGCCAGACAGCUGUGGCAGGCCAUGUCAUAAACUGUCCCGGAGUGAUGUUA